GGAUCACAAGUCCCGUUCAUUUUUCGGCACUUUUUGUGAAAGCCAGUGGAGACUGCCUCAGCCAUUGCAUGUCUUUAUCAACGUGCCUGGCCACGCACUGGUGACCACCCCAUUCUCUCAAUGUCGACCCAACAACCAGCCCCUGCCUACGGCACGACCGAGCCCCUCGUCGGCGCGCCGAACGGUGUGCCGAUAGCCCUCGAAGGUCAAUGGAAGGCAGACAUUUUUGCAUGCUUCGCGGACUGGUGGCCCAACUGCGCCAUGUCGUUUCUGUGCCCGUGUGUAUCUCUGGCCCAAACGCUGCACCGCAUCGGUGCGUACUCGUACUGGGCCGUGCUCGGGACAUUUGGUGUUCUUUACACGUUGAUGGCCAUCUCGGACUUCAUUCAAUUGACUCGACCGAAUGCCGACGACGGCUCGUGGGGCCCUGCCGACUCGUGGGCGUUUGUGUUCAUCCUGCUCGGGCUAACGAACGUGAUUCUCGUGAUGAGUGCGCGAGCGACCGUGCGCAACUUCCACCACAUUCGAGACGCAUCGAUUUGCGAGGACUUUUGGUGCGCGCUGUGCUGCCAGUGCUGCGUGGUCGCCCAAAUGGCGACCCAAGUGCACUCGUACGACUCGGGCGAGUGUCGAUUCGGUCCCAAAGAAACUUUGCCUGGCUAUCGCGUGUAGUAGAUAUGUGUAUUUACUCUCCUUUGAUCUGUGUGUUUUGGAUUCGUGAAGAUGGCAUGGGAAUCGUGUGCACGACGGAUCUCGGCGGAUCG